AUUCGAUAGCACAAUCCUCUAAAUAAAGUUCAGCUAAACUGAAACAGUGUAUGCCUCCAGAUAACCUCCAUACAUAACAUACCUGAGAUACUGAUCUUGAUUCUGUAAGCAAACUUUCAUCACAUCACAGCGCAAUCAUGGCCAUCCCAAAUGGUAACACAUCUCGCACCGCCGGUACGCCCAAGUGCAUGCCCGUGCCGGACCCAGCGCCAUGCUUCUGGCAACAACAGCAGCCACAGGAUGUGACUGAGCUCCGCGACCACCGCUCUUCAGAGCAGCUACUUGACUACAGCGACAUCGUCAUCAUCGGCGCUGGAUUCGCAGGACUCAGUACAGCGCACCACCUCGUCCGCGAUGCCGGCGCCACGUCUAUCUGCAUCCUCGAGGCCAGGGGUAUCUGCUCUGGCGCCACUGGCCGCAACGGCGGACACUGUAGGCCAGACCUCUACGGCCAUAUUCCAACCUACAUAGAUCGAGCCGGCGAGCGCGCUGGCGCUGAGAUUGCCGAGUUUGAGAUUGCCAACCUGCGCGCCAUCAAGAAGAUCAUUGAUGAAGAGAAGAUUGAUUGCGACUUCACUCUUACCCGAUCCAUUGAUGUCUGGUGCAACGAGGACUCAGCCAAGAAAGCAGAGGCCGUCUACCAAUCAAUGGUGUCUCACAACUUUGAGUAUAUGGAUGAUGUUGUGUUUUAUACAGGCGACAAAGUCGAAGGCAUCUGCGGUGUCAAAGGCGCUGUUGCAUGCGCAAGCUUCACGGCCGGGACCAUGUGGCCCUUCAAAUUCUUGAUGCACCUCACAAGACAACUCCUCACCGCAGGCGUCAACGUCCAGGCACAUACACCUGUCACCUCCGUGACGCCAGACCCCUCGGGUGACGGCUCGUUCAUCGUCGAAACGCCUCGUGGCAAGAUACGAGCAGGCAAGGUCAUCCACGCUAACAAUGCCUAUGUCUCAGCGCUUCUCCCGGAAUACAGCAAAAACAUCAUCCCCUGUAAGGGCAUUUGCUGUCGUAUCACCGUCCCAGAGGGAACCACGGCGCCGCUAUUAAACAACUCAUACAUCACGCGCACCAAGGAUAACACACUCUCGUACUUUAUCCCUCGACACGAUGGUAGCAUCAUCGUAGGUGGUGCUGCAUCUGUUUUCCGGCCUUUCAAGGAACAGUGGUAUGACAAUGUGGACGACAGUGUCCUUAUCGACUCUGCAAAGGACUACUACGAGGACUACAUGCAGCGAACCUACCGCGGCUGGGAAGAGACUGGUGCCAAAGUGAGCAAUAUCUGGACCGGCGUCAUGGGUUACUCAUAUGACUCAAAUCCACACAUUGGUAAAGUUCCCAGCAAGGAUGGGCAAUUCAUCGUUGCUGGGUUUAAUGGACACGGCAUGCCUGUCAUCUGGUUGGCAGCCAAAGAGCUGGCUCGGAUGGUAUCCCAAGGGACUCAAUUUGAGGAGACGAAACUCCCUCGCUUGUUCCAGACAAGCCAGUUCCGCAUUGACCGGGCGCAGAGUGGUAAGGAGGAGGAUGGUGAUAUUAUAGGCACUGGUAAUUUUAGUACUACAAAGCCAUAGAAUAAGAACUGAAAACGAUAUAACGCAUGUCAACUAUACAUAGACUCCCACCACAUGAAAAGAUCUGGAGCCAAGUCUAAGUCAAGAAAAGCAUUCCAGUCACUAACUCCCUCAACUGCCAUAUUGUUAAAUGUGCAAGCAUAGGCAGCGUCCUCGAAGCCGUCUUUCAGCUGAAGUUCAGCACCAUCACUGUCUUCCCGUGUUUCUUCUCCUGAUGCUAUAUCGGGGCUGCCCGACGCGGCUGGUAGAGCUAUCUGUAGCAUAAUGCCCAGGAACUUGGCAUAUCGGAUUGCCAUAUGCGAAUCAUCAGGGGAGCCACCG